CCUUAGCAACGGCAGCGCCGCCCUCCUGACCGGUCAUCCGGCAACUCCGUCUCUUACUUCCAGCUCAGCUCAGCUUUAUUUCAGCAUACCGGGGCCCGGACAUCAUUACAGCCGCGGUUGCGGGCGGGACGGGAACCCAAAGGCCUACGGUAAACGUUGAAAACAAAGCCCGCCGGUCACGUGACACGGCCUGCGCCCGCCGUUCGCAGGGAAGAUCCCUGUUUCCGCCGUGGUACCGCACUCGCAGUUACGGCGGCGAGAAGGUACGGGACGUCGACCCCGGCUCCCGGGACGGGGGGACGGGGGGACGGGGUUUGACUCCUGAGGGCGGGAGUGGACGGGGAGGACGUGACGUCAGGGUUUGGCGGACGGCGUUGCCGUGGAGACGCGCGUAAUGGCGGAGCCGGAAGAGAGCGAGUGGGAUGCGUGGAUGGUGGAGACGCUGCUGCGGUACAAUGACCUUCACGUAUUUGAACUGCAGGAACCAACGCGGGUUCUGGAGUGGAUUCAGGACAGAAGUAUCUGUGUCGCUGGCUACAGUGCUGUGAGGAACAAUGAAAUUCAGGAGCUCUCACUCCCUCAGAAACUCUCGGCUAAAGACAAGCAGGGACUUUGCCCCGAGAGGGAUUUCCGCGUGGAGCGCGGCGGGUUCUCCCACAGGCCUGUUUACCAGUUGAAGCACGUUGCGGGGAUGAGCCUGCUGGUGAGCAGUGGCCCCCCGGACCCCUCGCUGCAGGUCUGGCGACUGGCAACCGAUGACAGUGAUGCCAUCUCGUUGCUGACCACACUUCCAUGCUCCAGCGUGGUGGGCGGGUGGUCACGGAUUUCUGUCACCUCCUCUCCAACCCCCCGGGUGCUUUGGAGUUCGACGACCAGUGACCUCACCGUCCAGGAAAUUGAGACGCAGUCGGUGCUAUUCUCCGGAACUGGAGCAGAAGACCACGAACCAAUCAGUAUGCUGGAGUUCCUUGACCAUUCUACCUUCAUCAUCUGCUCGAUGAACGGCCACCUGCGAUUGGCUGACAUGCGGCAGAGCCCAAGUCUGAUUGGACACUCAGGCCUGCCUUCUGGCAGCAGCCAUUGGACAAUGGCACUGGCACCCGGUUGCUCGGCAGUGGGGAGACUGUCCUUGGAUGGAGAGGUGGUGCUGACUGAUUGUCGAGACCUGAGCAAGGUUCUGGGGCAAGCAGAGCUGGAUAUACCCAGGCCAGUGAUCUGCAGUGACCACCUAUCCCUGAGCUGGGCACCGCGACUACAUCAGCACUUGGCAGUGUCAGGUUUCGAUGGCACUGUUCAUGUCUACGACGCCGGCUCAUGGUCUGCAGGUCCUCACCGGGCGGAGCCUGUCUUCAUCCACCGGGGCCACAGUGUGGGUGCGGAGUUGGACCACGAGCCGCCAUUGGUCACCACGCAUGUUUGGCACCCCUGGAAGGAGCGAGUUCUGCUCUCGGCUGCUGAUGACAGCUCUCUGCACGUGUGGGACUGGGUGGCUCAGGAUGGGACCUGAUCUCUCAGCCAUCUCCUGCUCCCUCCUGGACCUCACUGCUUUGGGCUGCAGUCAGUGGGAGGGUUGUCGCUGGUGGCCACAGUCCAGGUUUCAUCAGCUGCCAAUUGUCACCGUGUGACCCUACUCCCUCUGGAGGCCAGAGUACCUUAAUUUUUAUGAGGGAUGAGAAAUUCACAGGCUUCCUAUUGCUCAGAAUGUGUAUUGUGUGCGGGUGCACAUUUGUGGGAAGGGCGUGCACAGGAGUCUGUUUGCGUCUGUGUGCUGCGUUUUGUGCAUGUAUGUACAGCUAAGUCAGGAACAAUACAAAAUGCUGGAGAAAGUCAGCAUUUCUGGAGAGAAAUAAACAAUCAAUGUUGUGGGCCUGUUAGAGUGAGUUUUUUUUGGGUAGAUGAUUUGUUUACACUUAAAUGACUUUGGCCGCCAGACUUCUAUUUGACUAUUUGAAGUACUGUGGAUUGAGUCCACAACAAUGCGCUUCCUAAAAAGGUGUGAAUACCAGAUGCUUCUGGCACAGUAGUUUGACUAGAUGCUGUAGUUUUGAAGACAGUAUUAUCUAUACAUUAUAAAUAUUAAUUGUCUUCUGUGUUAGCACAGGAAAUGCCAAAUAAAUGUAUCAUAGACUUAACUCGCUUACUUAAAGGCUGUGGAUAUCAACCCAGACAUGUUGGCGUCAGAAGGAAAGGACGAAGUUAGGUGUGAUAUUUUGUAUGUAGCUUCAAUAGGAAGCAUUGUCUAAAACUUUUUAAGUAGCGAUUGCCUUUGUGUUUAGCAUGUAAAUAUCGAGCCCACAUUGGGCUAGCAGAGCUUUCUAGCGAAAGCGUCUCUGUCUGUAGAUGCCUGCUGUACCUUGUUGUAUCGAAUAAAGAAGCUGCUUUGUAUCUACCAGUGACUCUGUCUCUCCAGU